AUGGCCGGCGCAGCGAAGCCGUCGUCCGAAGCCCACCGACUCAGUGUACGACAUGUCCGCGUGCAAGACGACAACCUGCUUUGGACGACGGGCGAUGGCGGAGGCCGCGACGGCCGCGCCUCGGUCGACGACAUCCUGUUCACGCUGGCCCGGUCUGAGUCCGCGCGAGACCAAUCAGCCUUCAUCAUCUGCUGCUUGCAAGUGAACCUCGAGCAUCCAACACAGCCUUUCCAGCUGCUCUUGCUGGCCGCCGAUGCAGUGCCGGAUCAACUGCUCAAUGAGCGGGGCGUCAGCCAACUGCCCAGUCACCUGUGCAGCGGCAACGACAACCAAGUUGACGUGGUCGUGUCCGUCAAGUCGGGCCUGGGCCUCGCGUUGACCUUUUGGCAAGCCGUUUUGCGCCCGCUUCUGGAGCUCGCUCACCAGGUCCUGGGGUCCUCGCUUCAGCUGCCCAGCGCAGUCGUCACGGAAGAUGCCCGCAGCGUGCGGCAGUUUGCCCGUACCUUGCAGCGUGGCCAGGAGCGCGGCGCGCCGAGCUCGAGGACCGUCAUCCUGCUUAGCGGAGAUGGCGGGGUCGUUGACCUGCUCAACGGCCAUGAGGCCGUGUCCGGCUCGCCACGCCCGCUUCUUGCACUGCUUCCGCUGGGCACGGGAAAUGCCCUGUUCCAUUCUUUGCACAAGCCUGUCGCGUCGGAUCCCGGGCCCUCGCCGCUGGUCCUCGGCCUGCGCACUCUCUUUCUCGGAGCAUCGGCGGAUCUGCCAGUCUUCCAGGCCACCUUUUCCCCCGGCGCCCACACCGUCUCCCAUGUCGAGGUGGUCAAGCAGACCGGCGGAGCGCCGGUGGCGAGGCAAGACACUCCAGUCUCGACGCUGCACGCGGCCAUAGUCGCUAGCUACGGCUUCCACGCCAGCAUCGUAUUCGAGAGCGACACGCCCGAGUAUCGCGCCCACGGCGACAAGCGCUUUGGGAUGGUGGCGCAGGAACUGCUCCGCGAGUCCCAUCCCUACAAGGCCAACCUGUCCGUCCGGAGCCCGUCCUCGGCACGCUUCGAGCAGGACCCGCACCAGAAGCACGCCUACAUCCUCGUAUCCAUGGUUUCGAACCUGCAGCGUGCAUUCACCAUCUCGCCGGCCAACAAGCCGCUGGACGGCAGGCUUCAUCUCGUCCACUUUGGUCCCGUCGGCGGCGAGCGCACCAUGGAUGUCAUGAUGAAGGCCUACGACGGGGGCAGGCACGUGGGCAUGAAGUGGGACGACGGCGAGGCGGUCAGAUACGAAGAGGUCGGCGAGGUGGUGGUCGAGGCACUUGACGACGACGCGCGCUGGCGCAAGUUUUGCGUCGACGGCAUCAUUGUCGAGGUACCCAAAGGGGGGUCCAUGACUGUGAGCAGGGCGCCGGGGAUGCCAUUCCGAAUCUUGGUGGAUUCACAAUGUCAACAGAGAGCGUAG